AUGCAAUUUAAAAGAUUCUACAAACAACUAUUCAUCACAAUAGCGGGCGUGUUUGCGCUAUGCGCCGCAAGCACAACCAAAGAAGACAAUUCUUCUGACACAGAAUCUGCAAUGAACGCAUUCUAUAUAGAUCCAGGCUUUGGGCAGAAUGUAUACCCAAACAUAAAUUGUCUUCCAGUGUGCCCACCUGUAAAUCCAUGCGAACAAGUAUGUCCUCCAGUAAACCCAUGCAGGCCCGUGUGCCCACCAGUCAACCAGUGUAACAUAGAUCCAUGCAACAUCCCAUGUGUAGACAUGAAUAGCCAACUAGACAUAUCAAGUUUCUUCGCUGCCCUGUGGAAGAAGAUCCUUAUUGCAAAGAAGAGCCCAUCUAAAAAGGCAGCCAUCAGAGCCCUUAAAAGAAAGAUGAUUCUUCUCUGCAAAUACGCAUUCCAGUUACUUCGCUGCCAGAACCAAGGAGGGGCAGCCGAGUGCUACAAUGACAACCAGUACUGCUAUAUGAGUCUAAAAGCACUGUUCUCUUCUCUUAGAUGGGCAGUCUGCAGUCUUGACUACAACAGCCAAGUCUGCUUUUUAGAAUAUGCCUAUGGUGUACUGUGUAUGUAAAAUUUGAAUAAAUGAAUUUCUAA